CGCGGCAUCUCGAUAAACGAGCAAGCUGAUCUGUUGAAUCAGCUCUAAAAGUAUUGGCUCCCCACACUAUCCUAGGUCCGAAAGCGAUCUGCACUCUCCGUAUGGGGUCAUAUAGAACUUACCCCGCACGUCCCGAAGUGAGACUCGCCGAGCGGCGAAUGAGAGAAGCAACAAAAAUUGCUUCUCAGGGUCCCAAAGCAUCUAGACGCUCGGUCUCUGAAGUCCAUAUCUGUCUUCUCGGCUGCUUCUGCGUGACUUCAAAAGUCUCUGCGGAUGCGUUCGAACUUGGUGGUCAGUGUGCGCUCCCGCGUGGCACGGGGGUUGACUUGCUGAUAUUUAGAUCGGAUCAAGAAUUAGCGCGGCGACUGUCGCUCAUCCAGUUUGACAAUCCGCCGGAGAAGUGGCCUCUGGUCAAAGCUGCUGUGGUACAUUUCGAGUGGAAUUCGAGGGUUCAUGAGGAUAAGUUAUCGGCAUCGAUUACAUCUGGAACCGCCAGGGUCGAAGAUAGCAGGGCGCGAACGCACAUCCUUCACGGUGAUCGACAUCGAUAACAUUGGUCUAGGCAACGCUCGCCUCCAUCCGCGCAAACCACAGCGAGUGGUUUUGGAAGAAUCAAGAUUGCAGAACCGACCGAAUGUCAUGAGAUCGGGUCCAGAUCCAUACUCCGCCUCCGUGCAAGUAUAAGUCGGUCGCCACAAGGUCUAGCUCUCUUGUGCCUCCCUCAUCUACCAUCUUUAGUCGCCGCACCGUAAGC